CAGCUGGCAAGUAGAAAAGGGAGCACCCAACCUGUCACUUAAUCUGAAGUCUACCCCAUUCGAUGACUGCCCCUCAGGCUGAGGUCAGUGUUUUCUCACACAACACCACAACAAAGUCAAAGAGCCAUUGUGGGAUCACAUGGUCCAUCUCUUUAGUUUGCUCUGCUGCAAGGAAAGUCAGUAUUGAUUAUUGAUUAUCCUUCUCAGACUUUCUCAAAUGUCUGCUGUCUCUGGGGACAAAUCAAAGUAGCUUCCCAUGUCACAUUAGUUACAGCUCUGUCUAUGGUGUGCAGUCCAGAGCUGGGUCUGCCUCCAGUGGGCAGGACAGAAACACCCCAGCAAAGCACACAUGAAAUCCUGGGAGAGAAACUUUUGCAAAGGAGUAACAGGUUCUAAAGUUUUGAGGACUUUUAGAGUAGCAGGACCAGAAGCCAAGCAGUAGGAUUUGGAAGGUCCUACUCCUUGGACAAAGCACUGAGAUCUCCGGUUUGACUCUCUAAGGGCACCUCAAGACUCUGGGACCUAUUCUUCAAGCACAGCCCUGUGGUCACCUGGUAUGCAUCCUGUGCCAGAGGUUUUGGAAACAAUGUCUGCCAUCCACUCUGACUGGGUGACCCCACUGAUGAGCCUGCUACACUGUUGCAUCAGAGGAGGGGCCAGUCAUACACCAGGCUGCCCAUCUCAAGAAUGCCAAAACCUUCAUGAAUGGGCCAUCCUGUGCCUGCAAUCACAGGGAGGCGGGGCUGACAGCCACGGGUCACGUAACUGAGGUCAAACACAAGAAGCUGGCCUGGAGAGCUCCAUAUAAACCUCAGGAGCUCAGUGCUCCUCACAUUGCCAGCAUCUUCUCUCCUCACUCACCCUUCCUGGUGCUUUGGGUAAGUGUGGGUUCUACUGAGUCUCUCAUCUUCCCAGCUGGUCUUGCCCAGGCCUGACUAGAUUAGAUGGACCAGGGCCUCUUUCCCCUUUGGGAGCUAUAGGGCCUCUGCUUUCCCAAAAGCACUCACAUUUGGAGGGCGGUCAGGAAAGGAGCAGGGGAUGAGCUGCUGCAAUGCAGAUGAGGUUUCUGGUCUUCUGGUCAGAAUGUAAACUCCACAAAGACAAGACUAUCUCUGCUCUCUGGCACUCCCAUAGGGGCAGGCAUGGUACCGGGCACAGAAGGACUCUGGAGAGGCUGUCCAAGGCAGCGUUUGCACAGGCUGAGCAGACCUCGUGAAAUUGUCAGGAGGAGAGGCUGAGCCCACUCUCAAGAGAGUAGGGAGAAUGAUUCCAAGAAAGUUGCAGAUGGGAGGGAUUUGAGGUGCCACAGAAAUCCAAUUGCUGCUUUACAGAGUUAGAAGUUCUGAGAGGGAAAUACAACUUCCUACUAGUCAAAGUCCCUUCUACCAAACUUGGACUUGAGAAAAUCAUGGAAGAGAUGGCUAAUAGCUUCUGGUCGGGGAUAUUAGUCCAAAGGACCACCCAGGGUCCUUCCCCUGUUUCCAGGCAGGGCCACAGCAGAGCCUGUCUUUUCUAAUAACUGGCCCUUGGAUCAUGGCCUAGCUCAGUGGGACAGACCAAGAGUUUGAACUAAGAGCUUUUGCAGAGGAUGGAGUGCAACAGGCCUCAGUAGAAUGGAGUCCAACAAACCUCCCUCUGUUGUACUGGGAAUAGGUAAAAUCUCCCAUCCUAGGUAGAGGUUUGUGGUAGCUUUCUAUUUGCACUCAGAGAAUCAGUGUUGAGACUGGAAGAGGCCUGAAAGAUGAAGUGUUCAAACCCUUUCAUUUAAUAGGAAAUGAGAAAGAGGCGGGAGUGUGGGUGAUCUGCCCUCAAAUCACACAACAGUGGUCAGAGGCAGAGCUAGGAGAAAGAAUGGGCACUGCUAACUGGGCUGUUUAAAGCUUAGUGAAGGCUUUCUGCAGGGGAAGAAGGAGCUCAACUCUUCCAAAACCAGGAAUCCCCGCUGAGGGCUCUCGGGGCACCUGAAGGAGCCCUGGGCCUGGCGCAGGCAGGCGCUGAGAGGAUGGCGAUGUUGCCAUGGAUGCGGCUGCCUCCGUAAGUAUCCUCUUGCAGCCGGUCCAGAGAUGCCCUCUUCUCUCCUUCCAGGCUCCCCUUCCUCCUUAGAUAAGAUGUCUUAUCAGAAAAAGCAGCCCACCCCCCAGCCCCCAGUGGGCUGCGUGAAGACCUCUGGCGGCGGUAGCGGAGGCGGAGGCAGCGGCGGUGGCGGCUGCGGCUUCUUCAGCGGUGGCGGCAGCAGCGGUUCUGGCUGCGGCUACUCCGGAGGCGGUGGCUACUCUAGCGGCGGCUCCGGCUGUGGCGGGGGCUCCUCUGGGGGCAGCGGCGGCACUGGAGGCUGCGGAGGCGGCUCCGGUGGGAACGUCAAGUACUCCGGGGGCGGUGGCUCCUCCGGGGGCGGCUCUGGCUGUUUCUCCAGCGGUGGGGGAGGUUCCGGCUGCUUCUCCUCCGGUGGCGGCGGCUCCGGCUGCGGCGGCGUCUCCUUCGGGGGCGGCUCUGGCUGCUUCUCCAGCGGUGGGGGUGGCUCCUCCGGGGGAGGCUCCGGCUGCUUCUCCGGCGGCGGCGGCUCCUCGGGUCAGGCUGUCCAGUGCCAGAGCUACGGAGGCGUCUCCAGCGGCGUCUGUAGCGGCGGCUCCUCCAGCGGCGGCUCCGGCUGCUUCUCCAGCGGCGGGGGCGGCGGCUCCGGCUGCGGCGGCGGCUACUCCGGCGGCGGCUCUGGCUGUGGCGGCGGCGGCUACUCCGGCGGCGGCUCUGGCUGCGGCGGAGGCUCCUCUGGCGGCGGCAGCUCCGGCUACGUCUCCUCGCAGCAGGUCACCCAGACCUCGUGCGCGCCCCAGCCGAGUUACGGAGGGGGGUCGUCCGGCGGCAGCGGCGGCAGUGGCUGCUUCUCCGGCGGCAGCGGCGGCAGUGGCUGCUUCUCCAGCGGCGGGGGCGGCGGGGGCUCCGGCUGCGGCGGCGGCUCCUCCGGGGUUGGCAGCGGCUGCGUCAUCAGUGGCGGGGGCUCAGUCUGCGGAGGUGGCUCCUCUGGGGGCGGCGGCAGCUCCAGCUGUGGCGGUGGCUCCUCCGUGGGGGGCUCAGGGAGUGGCAAGGGCGUCCCGGUCUGCCACCAGACCCAGCAGAAGCAGGCGCCUACCUGGCCAUCCAAAUAGGUCCCCCGGGGUACCACGGAGGCGAAGGAGUUGGAGGUGUUUUCCAGUGGCGCCGAUGGGCUUAGAGCUCUCAUGAUGUUACCCGAGGUUUGCAAAUCCUUCAUGUCUUAACCUACCUGAAAGAAGCCAUUGAGCUCUCCGACUGCAACUAGUGCUGCUGUUUAGCCUCUUUGGUUUCUGUACAACUACCUCCCAACCCCAGUGCCUCAGUCAAUAAAUGUGCAAAUUCAUGAGAAUCUCUAGGUCUCCGAGAGUAUUUGUAGUGUUCAAGUUCAUCCAUUCCAUUCCAUUCUUCUCCUUCCCUGCAUUCGCUCAUUCACACUUACAUUCAUUUUACAAAUACACGGACUCAAUUGGCGGAAGGGUGAGUGGAU